AUGGUGCUCUUUGUUUGGAAACUGAGCACAUUCGACGAUACUCGUAAAUUCACUCUAAUGGCUCAUAUAUGCACCCAAAUUAUCUGUCCGGUGAUGAAUGGGAAGCUGAAAUACGAAGAUCCUUGCGUGUUUGCUCUAGUUAGGGACGCAUUGACGGUAAUGUCUCUCAAGGAAAUAAAACUGAACAUGGAUGUAGGAAAAGGUCCAGACGUGGAAGAAGAGCCUCCGGCGCUUGUUGUGGCUGUUGCUAAGGAAAUGAUUACUCAAACUUUCCGAAAGGCAAUGAUUGAAUAUGUUAUGCCUGCGUUGCUCGAUCUACGUGUGUAUCUUACGGAAAAGAGGUCCAGCUUACGUGGACCGCUUUACGCCGUUUUCCGGUUAGUUACUUGUUACUUGUAUGGGUGUAAGUACCUUCCUGAAUUCCUUUGA